AUGGCAACACGAAAUGAGCAGGUUCCUGAUGAGAUUAAGCUUUACGUGGAUAACCCAAAAGAGCUGACGACAGAGUUGAAACCAGAUGAUAUGAUUUCUAAGCAUUUUAAUAUCGAUCACAUUGAAGAGGUCGUGGGUGAAAACCCUUAUGAAAAUGCUUUCCCAGUUGAUAUUGAUACUAACAAAGUUAAGACUAUUGGGCAUCUCAAGGACGCUAUCAAGGAGAAGCUUCACCCAAAGUUUGAGAACGUAACUGCAAACGAUAUUAAGCUAUGGAAGGUCGACAUUUCCCUCGAAAAAGAAAACAAGAAACUUGAGCUCGUCAACACAAAAAUUAACGUUAAUAUUAAGAACGAGCUUGGUGGUGAGGAACUUCCACCGCUUUCGAAGAUUAGCAAACACUUUCCCUCCCAGCCAGCCGACGAGCACAUACAUAUCAUCGUACAACGUCCUGUUGAAACGAAAGAA